ACCAAGGUCACAGCAAUGAAAAAACUUUACUUUGUAUUACCAUCACAUCAUAAGGGCAUUCAUUCUCAUUAUACACCAUGAGUUUUCAAAAUUUUGUCGGUCUGUUGGUUUUAAUGGUCUGUCUUCGGGCAGAAUCUAUGUACCAUAGACAAACAAAGACGGUUUCAAAUGUUCAAAACCAUUUUGUCUUCCCCGGAACGAAAUGGUGUGGGAAAGGUAAUAACGCAAUGGCGUAUAACGAUCUAGGCAAACAUAACAGAACGGACGACUGUUGUCGCACUCAUGAUCAUUGUCCAACCUACAUUCCUGCGUUUAAGCGACGUUAUGGACUACUUAAUUUCAAUGCCAUGCAAAUGAGCCACUGUUCGUGCGAGGAGAAGUUGUUUGACUGCCUUUGGAAACUAAAGAAUCCCGUGUCAACUGCUGUAGGCCGCUUAUACUUUAAUGUGUUUCGYAAUCCAUGCUUCAAGCUGGUCGAGACUCGAGUUUGCGUGAAUUGGAUCUUUGAUUGGUGGAACUUCAGUUAUUAUUGUGGRAAAUAUGGCACKCAAAUCAAGGCAAAGAAAAUUUGGCUAAAUAACUAUUUGAGGAAGUUCCCUGACAAUGAYAAUAGUAUAAAUCGAACAACUACUGUAGGCAUGCCUGGACACUCAACAGGAAUAAAGGUUGAUGCCAAUAAUAAUACUGCUUCAACUACACUU